AUGGGCUGUGAUGGUGCAAAACUUGGGCCCAAUUCUAAUAGCGAGCGCGCAUUCUCAGGUAUUGUUAUGCCCCCAAUCACGGUGAUCCUAGAUUUUGAUUGUGUAAUUGCCGGAGAGUUCUUCGUCUUUUUCGAUCCAAGUCCCUGUGCACGAAACGCCUCGUCAUCACCACGUCAGCGUCCGCAGGUGCUUGCUGUGCUUACAGAAGCACGAUGUCAACAGAAGAUUCGCUCACGUAAUCGAUCUGUCACACGAGAUCCGAUACGGCGUCAUACGUUGUCCGACGUGGAUGUGUUGAAGAAAUUUGCUCGCUGGUUUGGUAUUCGAAAGUCCAGUCCGGACGUGAGUGCUCAACAUUCUCUUGGGGAGGAGGAGAAUCUACUGCGUAAACCGCUACCAUGUUUCGAUCCGCCAGUGAUUGUCCGGACAUCGCCAAACGAGCUAACACCAGCCAGCGGCGACGAGCUGUUAUGA